CGGGCGGCGAGUGAGGAGCGGCGCGGCGGCCGGCAGCGAGCCCGCGUCCGGGUGUGGGCAGGAGCCGGCGGGGCCUCAGGAGGAGCAUGAGCCGGCGCCCCGCGGCGGGGCGGCCGGGGCGGGCGGCCGGGGCGCGGCGCUGAGAGACGCUGGGGCCGGGCCGGGGGCGCAGCGCCAUGGGGGGCCCCCGGGCCGCGCGGCUGCUGCCGCCCCUGCGCCCGGUCAAGCUGCUGCGGAGGCGCUUCCGGCUGCUGCUGCUGCUCGCCGUGGUGUCCGUGGGGCUCUGGACUCUUUAUCUGGAACUGACGGCGUCGGCCCAGGUCGGCGGGAACCCCCUGAACCGGAGGUAUGGCAGCUGGAGAGAACUGGCCAAGGCUCUGGCCAGCAGGAACAUUCCGGCUGUGGAUCCAAAUCUCCAGUUCUACCGUCCCCAGAGGCUGGGCCUCAAGGACCAAGACUCCGCGAGAGGUGGCCGGGGGGACAGCAGCUACCUGAAGUGGAAUAAGCCGGUCCCCUGGCUGUCAGAGUUCCGGGGCCGCGUCAACCUGCACGUGUUUGAAGACUGGUGCGGCAGCUCCAUGCGGCAGCUGCGGAGGGAUCUCCACUUCCCCCUGUACCCGCACAUCCGCACAACCUUGAGGAAGCUGGCCGUGUCCCCCAAGUGGACCAACUAUGGCCUCCGCAUCUUUGGCUACCUGCACCCCUUCACCGACGGGGAGAUCCAGUUUGCCAUCGCCGCCGACGACAACGCAGAAUUCUGGCUGAGCCGUGACGACCAGGUCUCAGGCCUGCAGCUGCUGGCCAGCGUCGGCAAGACUGGAAAAGAGUGGACUGCCCCUGGAGAGUUCGGGAAAUUUCAGAGUCAAAUGUCCAAGCCAGUGAGCCUGUCAGCUGCCCGCAGGUACUACUUCGAGGUGCUACACAAGCAGAACGACCAGGGCACCGACCACGUGGAAGUCGCGUGGCGACGGAAUGACCCUGGGGCCAAGUUCAGCAUCAUUGACUCUGCUUCCCUGUCCCUCUUCACAAAUGAGACAGUCCUGAGGAUGGAUGAGGUGGGCCACAUCCCGCAGACGGCGGCCAGCCAUGCAGGCUCCCCAGACCCUCUUCCCAGCGAUGAGCAGCCCCCGGCCGACAUGCUGCGGCCUGACCCUCGGGACACCCUCUAUCGAGUGCCCCUGAUCCCCAAGUCCCAGCUCCGCCGCGUCCUGCCCGACUGUCCCUACAAGCCCAGCUACCUGGUGGACGGGCUUCGUCUGCAGCGCUACCAGGGACUCCGGUUUGUUCACCUGUCCUUCGUUUACCCCAAUGACUACACCCGCCUGAGCCACAUGGAGACCCACAAUAAGUGCUUCUACCAGGAAAACUCCUACUACCAGGACAGGCUCAACUUUCAGGACUACAUCAAGAUUGACCAGCCUCCGAAGCAGGGGCCAGAGCAGCCAGCAGGUUCUGAGGAAGGCCUUCUAGAAGAAUCCCAGUACAGAGAAGCGGCAGAGGACACCCGUGCCCCUGACGGCCAGAACACCAGGACACCAGAGGGGAAGCAAGGGCCCCCGACGGCCCCUGGGCAGGACGCCACCAACCGCCGCCUCCGAAGCCUGCGGAGACUUCUGGCUCGGCCCCAGGAGGGCCUGGUGGUGCCCUCUCCCACGCAGAACUCCACAGCCCCCUUCCCAGCGAGGACCAGCGCCAUCCCGGCCCGGCCAGCAGAGAAGAAGGCCAGGAAGCCCAACCCCGAGCCCCACCAGGCCCCACGGCAUCCUGACAAGUGGUCCCCGGGACACCCAGCAGGGCACCCGCCUCCAGUGAAGAGGCCCAGACCCGCGGGUGGCAGCCCCGGGAAGACGCUGGGGCAGUCCCAGUGGCUGAAUCAAGUUGAGUCGUACAUUGCAAAGCAGAGAAGGGGUGACAGGACUGAGCCUCUGGACCCCAGGAGGGGCUGGCCUAAGGAGGAGGAGGAGGUGCUGGCAGCAGCGGAGGGAGAGGACGAGGGGGAGGAAGAGGAGGAGGAGGAGGAUGUGAGUGAGGUGUUGGAAUACCUGUCCAUGUUCGACCCGGUGGUGAACUGGGACCAGACCUUCAGUGCCGGCAACCUCGACUUGCAAGCCCUGCGGACCGACUGGAUUGACCUGAGGUGUAACACGUCUGGCAACCUGCUGCUUCCCGAGCAGGAGGCGCUCGAGGUCACGCGGGUCUUCUUGAAGAAGCUUAACCAGCGCAGCCGUGGGAGGUACCAGCUGCGGCGCAUCGUGAACGUGGAGAAGCGUCAGGACCAUCUCCGUGGGGGCCGUUACCUGCUGGAGCUUGAGCUGCUGGAACGAGGCCAGCACCUGGUGCGGCUCUCGGAGUUCGUGUCCACGCGUGGCAGGCAGGGCGUCGAUGCCACUGGUGGGGAAGAGGCCGAGGCCCGGAACCUGCAAGGCCUGGUGUGGAGCCCACACGACCGCCAGAGACAUGUCCUGAGUGCCCGGGCCCCGGAGCCCAAGCUGUGCUGGCCCCAGGGCUUCUCCUGGGACCACCACGCCGUGGUCCACUUCAUUGUGCCGGUAAAGAACCAGGCGCGCUGGGUGCAGCAGUUCAUCAGAGACAUGGAGACCCUGUUCGGUGUCACCGGCGACCCGCACUUCAACAUCAUCAUCACCGACUACAGCAGCGAGGACAUGGACGUCGAGAUGGCCCUGAGAAGGUCCAAGCUGCCGAGCUACCAGUACCUGAAGCUAAGUGGGAACUUCGAACGCUCAGCCGGGCUUCAGGCUGGCGUGGACCUGGUGAAGGACCCGCACAGCAUCAUCUUCCUCUGUGACCUCCACAUCCACUUCCCAGCUGGGAUCAUCGACGCCAUCCGGAAGCACUGCGUGCAGGGCAAGAUGGCCUUCGCGCCCAUGGUCAUGAGGCUGCACUGCGGCGCCACCCCCCAGUGGCCUGAGGGCUACUGGGAGGUGAAUGGAUUUGGGCUGCUCGGCAUCUACAAGUCAGACCUGGACAGGAUCGGGGGCAUGAACACCAAGGAGUUCCGAGACCGCUGGGGUGGGGAGGACUGGGAGCUGUUGGACAGGAUCCUCCAAGCAGGCCUGGAAGUGGAGCGUCUCUCCCUCCGGAAUUUCUUCCAUCACUUCCAUUCCAAGCGAGGCAUGUGGAACCGCCGCCAGAUGAAGACGCCAUAACCCCGGGGGUGGCCCGCUGGACCCACCGCUUCCGGCCCCUGCACCGCGGUGGCCUGGCCAGUGCCCGCUUGCUGCCGGAGGGGGAGAGGGAGGGGAGCAGGGGCCGCGCUGGGCCCGAGGGGCCUCCGAGCCGACACCCCCUGCGCCGGCAGCCGUCCUCCACGGGAGGAGGCCAAGGCCUCUCCCAACCUCUGGGCCUCCGAGGCCAGGAGAUGGGAAAGAGACGGGACAGCUCCCGGGAAGGGCGGUGGAACCGGGUUGAGGAAGGAAAGCCCUCCCUGGGCGACACCACCCUGACCGGGAGGUGCCUUCCAGCGUCCACCCCGGGCUCCUCAGGGGGCAGUGGCCGUGGACUGGGAAGCUCUCCUAUUGGACGUAUUUUAUUGGGGUUUUUAUUUUUUUAACAGAAAACCAAAACUGUAACUGUCCAGAUCCAGCAUUGACUGUGAGGGGGCAGAGUCGUGCAUUAAGGGGGGGCCCCGCAUACCUCAGACCCACAGGUGCGUCCCUCGGUCCUUGACCAACAGCUGAUUUGUAACCCAGGAGCCGGCCUCACGUGGAGCCGUUCUCAGCUCUCCCGCAGGCAUGUGGCUCCAGGACACGCAUAUCUCUCCCAGGUGGCCACCCGACAGCUGGCCACCGAUUAGGGCAUUAACCUUACCCUCCAGGUGGCACUAACUCCAGACUGGCAUCCUCUUCCCGGUGCCACGGGGGGCUGGGAGCCGGGGAACCGAUGGGCAGGGGGCUCCUGGCCCCCUGGUGUUGGGUGAAUAGGCCGUGUAUCAUGGGCAAGGUGGGGAAGGCAGGGACGAGAAGCCCCUUUCUGUCCCAGCGGCCUGUGAGCUGGGCCUUGGGGACCAUGUGAAGCAGAGCCGGGAGAGGAUGAGAGGAGGGGUGGGAUCCAGCGGGAAGGGACGAGAAGGGAAGUGGGAAGCUUGAGUGCUCACAGCCCAGCUCCCUCCUGCAGAGAGGGCCCCAGGCCGGGCCCGGUGGGGAAGACAGGAGGAAGACACUCUGAACUAGGGAACAGGGACGGUGGCGGGGAAGGUCUGGGGAGGCGAGGGCAUCGCUCUGAACUACUUCCUCACAUGGAAGGAAGCAGGGCCGGAGGAUGAAAAGUGAAGCCGUUUCAGGGAACACAGCCCUUGACCUUCGUAGUCUGGGGCACCCUCUCUGUCACCUACGAUCACGCACGUAUCUUGCACUAAUGAUCCCAGACGCCUUCGUGGCUGGGGAUUUUUCUACUGCUGCUGCCUCUGCCGCUACUCUGAUUCACCAACGGUGCAUCGGACACUGCAUCUCGAAGCCCAGUGUCUGUGAGGAAGGGCGUAGGGGGAGGUGCAGCUGGGCCCAGGGGGCCAGUCAGCUGGGCCCAGGCUCCGUGCUGUGGCAGAGUCCAAGUCACAGUACGUGGAGCUGCAGGGUCUACUUGGUGGGCCCUGCAUUCACCAAGAGCAUGAACUUGGCAUAUGGGAGAGUGGAGCCCCUCGAGAACCUUCUGGAGCUUGAAGAGAAUCCCUGCCUCCCUCUUAAGAAAUCAGGAAGGACACAGACUUUUCAAUUCAUAGAUUGUGGUUUACGGAGGCCAUAUCUGCCCUCAGGCUGUGGCUUUUUAUGGUCCUUGCUCAGGCUCCGUGCCUUGGGAAAGGGCUGUAGGGGGUAGGUGAGAGCUGCAGUUGGCUGGCUGGGGUGCCACGUUUCUUUCUGGGGCCACUCUCAUCCCUGGGCAUCGCCCUGCAAGGCCCGAAUCUACCCAGACAGCCCUCCCGCUUCACCCCUCCUGAUGACAGGAGCCCGCCCAGCCUCCCCUGCCUGAUGCAUCACCCCCUCUGCCCCAGCCAGUGCCUUGUGUUUGAAGUUUGUUACUUCCACACCACCUGCCUUAAUGGAGAGGGCCUGGCACGGCCCCUACUCUGUAGGGAAAUGUGUAGGGUGGGGGGAGGGAAAGCAUUGAAUACAGCAUCUUCUCAGAAAACAAAACGCUCUUGUGUUUUCCUCUUGCCCAUCAGGGUGGGAGAGGGGUGGGCCCAGGGUUCACGUCGCCGUCCUGCAGCUGUCAGGCCUCUGAUGGACGUGCCAGGGACCCUCCACACCACCCUCCACCCUUCACCGCCUGGGGGGCGGGGGUCAGCCCUCCCUGGGCUGUGGUUUACUCGAAGGGGCACACCUGGUUCCUGCCUGAGGAGCAUUUUCUGAGCAGUAGAUUCGUGGAGGUUGGUGGUUUCAGUUGAGAAAGGAUGGUGGACACAGGAUGGUUGGAUAAACAGUGGAGAGAAACUGAGGUGUGGCUUAUUGUAACAGGGCAGAUAGGGACUUCCUGGGUGGUCCAGUGGUUAAGAAUCCACCUUGCAACGCAGGGGACGCAGGUUCGAUCCCUGGUCAGGGAACUAAGAUCCCACAUGCCACGGGGCAACUAAGCCCGCGUGCUGCA